GGGAGGUGGUGAGAUUUUCAGUGGUUACACGGUUACCCUAUUACAGAAUUUUUAACAUUCCUAAUUUGCACUUGGAGGGCAAAGUCUCCUGCUGCAUGCGGAGGCCCUGAGCCAGGCGUAAGGCCCCGUUCACCCUGGUUUACUGGGGUCAGUCAGCUUGUGGACCUUUCAGUUCUGAAGGGAAUUUGACUCUUACUGCAGAGAACCCAUUUUCCCAUGUGGGCUCCUCGGUGCAGGGCUGGCUGAGGUAGGAUGAGCAGAUAUCCCUUCUGGUGGGGCCAGGGAGAUGGCAGCUGCUCUGGGAACACAAACCCCAGUGUCUGAAAUUCCCAAAGUACCAGAGGCUCCAAUGGUGACUCUUCUGCAGGGUAGGAUGUUCCCCCGGCUGGGCCAAGCCUCUGACUCCCUCUUCUGUUUCUCCCUCUCUAAGGUGCUGGUAGCGCUUGGGCAGGGGCAGCUAACAGAGUUUUGUGAGGGAGUUCUCAAGGUGGAGGAGGAGUGAUUUACGGGACCCUUGAGAGACUCUGUUCCUGGAGCUGGAGAGUGAUACAGGUUCUGGAAUCACAUCCAUGUUCUCCCUUCCUGACUGGGGAAUGGCUGCAGCAGAGCUGACUCAGGGGCUGGUGACCUUCAAGGAGGUGGCCGUGUAUUUCACCAGGGCAGAGUGGGCUCUGCUGGACCCCGCUCAGAGAGCCCUGUACAGAGCCGUCAUGCAGGAGAACUACGAGAACGUGACCUCACUGGCUGAGACAGUGUACACAGCUGGAGAGCCUGCAGAUAAAGGUGCUGGGAUGCUGAAUGAGAAUGAAGAACAGAAAUCUCAUCAGGAAGAUGCUGAGCAAGUGGAACCACACAGGAGGUUAUUGGAAAUAUCUCAAGAUAAUGUGUCCAGGAGUCCUGAGUGGGGAAAAGGUUGUGAGAGUCAGCACUUGCUGGAGAGGAAUCAGGCAAACAAGUUAAGGGGGAAAAAGAACAAAUCCAUAAACAGUUUGAUACCUGCCCUAUACUGGAAGGAAACCACCGUCCAGCAGAAAAUCCCUGCAGGAGAGAGAAACAAAACAUGCUCUGAGUAUGGGAAAAACGUCACAAACCACUCAUUCCUUAUUAAACAUCAGAGAAUCCGCACAGGGGAAAGACCCUAUGAAUGCAAUGACUGUCAGAAAAGUUUCACUCUCAGAUCAUCCCUCAUUAAACAUCGGCGAAUUCACACAGGAGAGCGACCCUAUGAAUGCUAUGAGUGUCAGAAAAGCUUCACUGACCGAUCAUCCCUCAUUAAACAUUGGCGAAUCCACACAGGGGAGAGACCCUAUGAAUGCUGUGAGUGUGGGAAAACUUUCCUUGACAGCUCAGCUCUUACUAAACAUCAGAAAUUCCAUGCAGGAGAGAGACCCCAUAAAUGCACUGAUUGUGGGAAAAGUUUCACUCAGAGCUCAGACCUCAUAACACAUCAGAGAAUCCACACAGGUGAGAGGCCUUACCAAUGCAGUAUUUGUGGGAAAAGCUUUGCACGGAGAGCAUCCAUUAUUAAACACCAGAGAAUCCACACUGGAGAGAGGCCCCAUGAAUGUAGUGUAUGUGGGAAAACCUUCACUCAGAGCUCAGGCCUUGUUAGGCAUAAGAGAAUCCACACAGGUGUGAGAUCCUUUGUAUGUUCAGAGUGUGGUGAAAGCUUCACUGAACGCUCAAACCUUAUUGUACAUGAGAGGAUCCACACAGGAGAGAAACCCUAUGACUGCACCGAGUGUGGGAAAAAAUUCAGUGACAGAUCAUCUUUCAAGAAACAUCAGAAAAUGCACAUGGGACAUAAACCUUACGAAUGCUGUGUGUGUGGGAAAGCUUUUGCUCGCAGCUCAAAUCUCAUUACACAUCAAAGAAUCCACACAGGAGAAAGACCCUAUGAAUGCUGGGAGUGCCAGAAAAAAUUCAGGGACAGCUCUCUGCUUAUUACACAUCAGAGAAUCCACACAGGCGAGAGACCCUAUGAAUGCAGUGAGUGUGGGAAAAGCUUCAUUAACAGCUCAGAUCUUAUUAAACAUCGGAGAAUCCAUACACGAGAGAGACCUUAUGAAUGCUGUGAGUGUAGGAAGAGUUUCACUGACAGCUCAACACUCAUGAAACAUCAGAGAAUCCACACAGGAGAGAGACCUCAUGUAUGCUGUGAGUGUGGAAAAAGCUUCACUCAGAGAUCAUGCCUUGUUAAGCAUCAGAGAAUCCACACAGGGGAACGACCCUAUGAAUGUCCUGAAUGUGGAAAAAGCUUCACUUGGCGCUCCAACCUUGUUACACACCAGAAAAUUCAUACAGGGGAGAGACCCUAUGAAUGCUGUGAGUGUGGGAAAAAAUUUAUUGACCUCUCAUCACGAAAAAAACAUGAGAGAAUCCACCUAGGAGCCAAACCUUAUCAAUGCUGUGAAUGUAGGAAAAACUUCCUUCGGAGCUCAGAUCUUCUUAAACAUCAAAGACUCCACAUUGCCUAGAGACACUAUAGGUGCUUUGCAUGUGGGAAAAACUUAUAUCAGAACUCAGUCCUUAUUUAUAGUUGGAGAAUUUGCAAAGGAAAUAAAUAUAAUAAAAACCCUA